ACAUGACACACUCUUCACUCUUCAGUCUUCCCUUCUCUGCGGAGCGGAUAAGCAGAAUCACCAUUAUUCUUAAGCACUUCCAAUUCUGCAUUCUUGCUUCUUUUUCUUCUUCUUGUGUUCGAAAAAUGUGGUUAAAUAUAUUGUGCUCUUAAUUAAUGAGCUCUUCAACUUUGUUAUGCCACAACAACCUAAUCUUCUUUAACCACUUCACUACUUCGCAUGCACCUUCUUCUUCUUCUUCUUCCUCUUCCUCUUUCACUCUUCACUUCGCUCCCAUUAACCCUAAACGCUGCAACAAGUUCGUUUCCAAAGCUAAGAAGAAGAACAAGAGGAACAAGAGUUGGUGGCGCAGGUUCUUCUUUGAGGACGAUGGCAACUGGCUUGGAUUGAAGGAAGAUGACAUGGUUGAAAUUGAAGAGGAACAACAACGGAAAGAGGAAGAGGAGUUAUCGGAAGAUGAGAAAUUCGAGGCGUGGAAGCAGAGAGCUGAAGCCAUUGUUGAGUUGAGGGAAGCACAGGAAGAUGUGAGGAACCAGGAGUAUAGGAUGUGGGAGGAUUGGCUUCUUAAUCAGCAUGAUUCUGCUUCUGAUUCUGGUUCUUCUUGGAGUGAUGGUUUGGAUUAUGAUGACAAGAACAAGAACAAGGAAAAGGAGGGAAGGGUGAAAGAAGAAGAAGAUGAAGAGGAGGAUUAUGUUGUGAUGGAGAAAGAGGAGAAGGGUUUGGUGGAGUCUGUUAGGUCGUUAAUUUUCGGUGCUGUGGAACAAGAUGAUGAUGACUUGCUCUAUGAGGACCGUGUUUUCAAGUAUGCUUCCACCAAUUCGGCUAAAUUUUUGGCAGUGUUGAUAGUUAUACCUUGGGCCAUGGACUUUCUGGUUCAUGACUAUGUACUGAUGCCUUUUUUAGACAGAUAUGUGAAGAAAGUACCACUUGCAGCACAAAUGCUUGAUGUGAGGAGAAGUCAAAAACUUGAAAUGAUCAAGGAAUUAAAGACAGAGUCAGGAAGAUUUGAGCUUGAGACAGAGAUUGGUAAAGCUCCACCUCUUACUGAUGAUGAAGUUUGGUGGGAACUAAGGCGUAAAGCAUUAGAGUUGCGAGAAGAGUGGAGAUUGGAGAAUCGCAAAGCAUUUGCCAACAUAUGGUCCGAUGCAAUUUAUGGGAUCUCUUUAUUUAUUCUUUUAUACUUCAAUAAGAGUAAAGUAGCUUUGCUCAAAUUUACUGGUUAUAAAAUUAUAAAUAAUAUUUCAGAUACUGGGAAGGCAUUCCUAAUUAUACUUAUCACAGAUAUAUUCCUUGGGUACCAUUCUGAAUCUGGUUGGCAAACUUUGAUUGAGAUAAUUGUUGAGCACUAUGGGCUUGAAGUUGAUCAGGCUGCUAUAACUAUUUUUGUUUGUCUGGUCCCCGUUGUUGUUGAUGCUUGUGUGAAACUUUGGCCAGCACCAAGACCAGCAAAUGACCAUUGUCAUCGCUUCUAAGUGAUCUUUAGGUUGUCGCAAACUAACAAAGAAUAAUCCUCUUUGGUCAUUAAUUUCAAAGCAACCACUUAUUUUCUUCAUCAGGGUGAAAGAGAGACUUGCAUGUUCCUGGAGCAAAUUUAAUGCUACUCCUGGAUAUUCCGGGUCAUUGAUUCUCAAUCUUUUAUAUAAAUUCUAAAUAUCAUAUAUGAAAAUAAGUGACUAUGAAUGUUCCUGUAACAUGCAUUAAUGUGCUCCAAAUUAAUGCAAAUAUUUCUCAUGAAAGAAAGGAAAGGUUGUCAGAGUAAUGGCAACUCUAAUUACCAUGUUUGACGAGGGAUAGAUGGGAAUAGUGUAUCUAUGAUUCCUAAUGUUGGACCUUCCAAACCACUACAUUAUAGUUAAGAUCAUUUUUUCACUUCAUUUAACCUCCUUUAAGGGAAUUUGGAAUCAUCUUUGUUGUUAAAUCAAAACAUGCCAUUGGUUUUAUAUUAUUAACCUGACAUUAGAUCUGAGCCUCCUAACUCUAACUGUCUCCCGCAUCAACCUUAAUGUUGCACUGAAAUUCACCUUUAAAAGGAAGCCUUUGAUAGAAUGGAUUGUCUGUUGUCUGAUGCAGCUAUCUGCAAAACAUUUUUUUUCCCCUAAACAACCUUAAAGGGGCCCAAAAGUUUUCUAUUCUAUAUAUUGCUGUUGGAAUUUUUUAUGUUUCAGUUUGCUUCCUAGUUGGUCAGGC